UUCCCCGAGGCUCGUCCCUUCAGCAAGCUCCGCCUCUGCCGUGUCCCGCUCUUUUGCAGCCUUAGGUGUGAGCGCCGGUCCCGCCCAAUGCAUUGCCGAAGCGCCAAACAGCUGUCUUCCAGCUGCCUUUAGGGAUGAUCCUGAGCCGGCCGCUGCCCUACUCUAUACCUAAUUUUAUCCGUACGAGAUACCUCGCCUCGCUCAGGCUGCCCCUUACCUGGCAGUGCCGAGAUCAAAAAAUUAAAUUGUGAGGGAGAAGUCCUGGCUCUUGGCCCAACCUCCUGCUGCCCCGGGUCUGAGGGCCCAGGCUCCGAGUCUCCGCCUUGCCGUCCAGCCUGUCCUUGGUGUGGGGUGCUUGGAAGUGCGAGUACCCUCUCCGGCUCCUUGCCUGCCCAAGGAUCGUUGUUUCCGGCGGCCCCCGGGCCCAGUUAUCAGCCGUCUCUUCCGGUGCCGGAACUAUCGUAGCGGUGCCCUAGUUUCCCAGCCGGCGGGCGCAGUGAAGAGGAAGCGGAGACGAGACCGCGCUCACCAGUGGGGAAAGGAAGGAGGUGGGCCCUGCGCGCAGCAUUUUGGGAGCGAGUGGAAUUCUGGGACCUGGGCCCGCCAUUCGCUGAACUCACGCCUUCGCCGUAGACGCAUUUGCUGCCGCACGGAAGAGAAGAAGGAGGAGGCCGGAGCCGAACUCUUCCUGCCAAGAUGUCUAUUGGUGUGCCAAUUAAAGUACUGCAUGAGGCCGAGGGCCACAUUGUGACAUGCGAAACAAACACCGGCGAGGUAUAUCGUGGGAAGCUCAUUGAAGCAGAGGACAACAUGAACUGCCAGAUGUCCAACAUCACAGUCACAUACAGAGAUGGCCGCGUGGCACAGCUGGAGCAGGUAUACAUCCGUGGCAGCAAAAUUCGCUUUCUGAUUUUGCCUGACAUGCUGAAGAAUGCACCCAUGUUAAAGAGCAUGAAAAAUAAAAACCAAGGCUCGGGGGCUGGCCGAGGAAAAGCUGCUAUUCUCAAGGCCCAAGUGGCUGCAAGAGGAAGAGGACGUGGAAUGGGACGUGGGAACAUCUUCCAGAAGCGAAGAUAAUUUUCUCCGUUGAACAGAACUUUGCCCUUUUCUCUUUUUAGGUUAUCCGAGUUCAUUGGAGUAGGUGCUUGUGUAUAUGUUCUAGGUAUUCUUUUGACAUCUUUCUUUUUAGAUCAGGGGAAAUGUUAAGCUAAAUAAAUCUGGGAGGGGGGUUUUGUUCUAUUUUGUUUGUUUGUUUUCCUU